AGCAAUUUUUCUUUCAAAUGGAAGAAAUUACUGUUGCAUCAGCGGAACAUCCAGCGACCAUAGAUCAUCGUGUGAUACAAAUACCUGAUUAUGAUUCUAUGGUUUUUUCGAUCAAAGAAAGAAUGGAGGACAUAACAACUGCACGUUGCAUCAGAAGAGUCAGUGAAAAUCUCCGGAAAGAUAUUGGUGGAAACUCGAAGGUCUAUGUCCCUGGAAAGAUCUCUAUCGGUCCUCUCCACCAUGGAGAAGAAAAGUUGGAGUCCAUGGAAAAUCACAAAUGGCGGUACGUAUAUUCUCUUUUGAACCGAAAAGCUCAUUUGGAAUUGACCCUGGAUAGCUGCGUGAAGGCCCUGAAGGACUCAGAGCAUAAAGCCAGACUCUAUUACGCCGAAGAGAUUCGUCUCUCCAGUGAUGAGUUCGUCCAGCUGCUGUUAAUUGAUGGAUGUUUCCUCAUCGAGCUCAUCCUCAGAUACGCCGUGAAAGGGCUAAAACGCCGAGGGGAUCCAGUGUUCAACACCCAUGGAUUGCUCUUCGAGUUGAGAUCCGACGUGGUUUUGCUGGAAAAUCAGAUUCCCUUUUUCAUUCUCCAGCAGUUGUUUCAAAUUGUGCCAAUUCCGACGCAAUGCAAUCAGUCCCUAACGGAAUUGGCUUUCCAGUUCUUCAAGGACAUGAUUCCAGGCGACCAUCGGGUUCAUCUGAGAAGAUUUAGCCACGAAGGAAACCACUUGCUGGAUUUACUCCGCCAUUGUUUCCUCCCAACUCACCCCAGAGUCAAAGUAAAGCAAGAUCCAGCACCACAAGGGUUUAAAGUCCCAGCGACGGAGCUGGCAUCGUCCGGAAUCACCCUCAAGAAAGCCGCCACGGAUCAGGAUCUACUCGACGUAAAAUUCUCCAAAGGGGUUCUCAUAAUCCCACCUCUGAAUUUCCACCAAUACACAGAAUCUCUCCUGAGGAACUUCAUCGCAAUGGAGCACAGCAGCUCUGAGGCCACCAAGCACGUCACCUCUUAUGUAAUUCUGAUGAAAUCCCUGCUCAAGUCAAAGAAAGACGUGAAAUUCCUCUACAGGAAACAGAUUCUGAGAAACUAUGAUGACGACUACGAGUAUAAGGACGUUCUCAGUAUGUUUCAGAGUAUGUGGAAAGAAGAGGAGUUGAAGGAUUUUUACUACGACGGGCUAUGUGAAGAGGUGAAUGCGUACCCAGGGGGGCGGUGUAAGAGGAUAAAGAAGACAAGAUUUCUCAAGAAUCGUGUUUCUCGAACUGUGAUAAUGGUCGCUGUUUUGUUGAUUGUUCUUUCUUUGGUCGGGAUUUUUCUCUCUGUAUUGUCCUUUUCUCGUCACCGAUCCUAGGAAUAUUUGAUUAAAGUAGCCGUUAGUCC